AUGACGUCAAAAGUUCCGUCUCUAGUGGAGUUGGCGUCUAAUAAAUGCAUCCAAAACGUCGCCAAGCUCCAUGACUUGGGGAUCACCCCGUUCCAUCUACUUCGCCGGAUCCUUGGACGGAUGAAUGCCAAGCAGUUGGCACACGUGGAGGAGUUGAACCCACAUGUCAUGCCCCAUACAGACGUACUAUGGCCGGCAUUAAUCGAGCGAGAGUUCCCCGAUCGUCCUCUCUACCUGCAACGACGUCGGACACCACAACAACAACUCAAGGGGACCCUGGAGGCUUCCCUGGCUAUCCACUCUUCGAUGCCCAACAAGGCUCUCUAUUUCCGCUACAAUGACGAAAGGGAAUCGUUCCGAGACGACUCAGCAAAACGUCUAAGACGGAUCACUGAACGGUUGAAGAAGGAGAAAUCGGCCAAAUCAAUCGUUGCCGUUCCACAACUUCUCCGAGACCCCACUGUGCGUCGUCGGGCUGCAGUUGCUGGUGGCUCCUCGUCCUGGCGUACUGGUGGUGGCACCCCUUCCUACAAGAGAAACACCAUCCUUGAUAGAGCCCGUCAUGAUCUCCGCAAGAGACCACAGACCUUCCCGGGGAAGAUCAAGCCGUAUGAUCCCUAUGCUGCCUUUUUCGAACCAGAACCACAACCGCAACCGCCCAGAAGGGCUGCCUCGCCUCCGAAUGGCCAGGACACCGGGUCGGGACCCGGGUCUGCACGGCCACGUCGUCGUGCUCCAACAGCAUUCAACACCAUGGAAACAAGAACUGGGGCUCAUCUCAGGACAAGUGCCACGCCUGUUGUUUCCACUCCACAGCCGCCCAAAAUAAUCCACCCAUCCCCUAAAGUUCUCCCGAAGAUUGGCCGACCUCCAGUGAAACCAUCCAUAACGCUACUCCCACCACCACCAGGCACAUCCCCCAUUGCGAGAUUAUCAACCCCACCACCGCCACCACCACCACUACCGCUCCCCUAUGGUUCACCCCCACCGCCAAUCCGAAGAUCACCCACCCGGCCCAGAUCUUCUACUCCUCCUCCUCCUCCUCCUCCACCUCCUUCAUCUGGCGGCGAUUCUCCGACAAAUGCCCUCCCCAACUCACCCGUGGCAAUCCCACCACCUCGAAAGAGAAGGCCCCAACCCUCCAUCUUCCUCACCCGUAAACGACCCACUCCCCGGGCCUCUCUAGGACGAGGACCGUCUCCUGCUGCGAAACCUGCUACAUCACCACCACCACCACCACCCACGGACGCUCCACCAAAGCUCAAAGCCGUACGCUCAUCCAUUUUCAGCUGA